CAUUCAAAGAGCAUGUCUGAGGAGACUAACACCACCCAAGACCCCUUCUACUUCAUCCUCAUGGGCAUCCCUGGAUUUGAGGCCUCCCACAUCUGGAUCUCCAUCCCCUUCUGCUGUCUCUACGUCACCUCCAUCCUGGGCAACACCACCGUCCUCGCUGUCCUCCGCAAAGAGCCAUCCCUCCACCAGCCCAUGUACCUGUUUCUCUCCAUGCUGGCCCUGACUGACCUGGGUCUCACCCUCACCACCCUGCCCACCGUCAUGCAGCUCCUCUGGUUCAACACUGGUCAGAUCAGCUUUGAAGCUUGCUUUGCACAGUUAUUUUUCAUUCACACAUUCUCCUUCAUGGAAUCUUCUGUGCUCUUGGCCAUGUCCUUUGACCGCUAUGUGGCCAUCUGCCGCCCCCUCCAUUAUGCCAGCAUCCUCACCAAUGAGGUCAUCGGCAAGAUUGGGUUAGCCAUUGUCUGCCGCUGUGUUCUGGCUGUUCUUCCCUCUCUUUUCCUCCUCAAGCGCCUGCCCUUCUGCCGCUCCCACCUUCUGUCUCACUCAUACUGCCUCCACCAGGAUAUGAUUCGCCUGGUGUGUGAGGACACGCGGGUCAACAGCUGGUAUGGACUUGCUCUGGUUUUGCUCAUUAUUGUGAUGGACCCUCUGCUCAUUGUGCUCUCCUAUGCAAUGAUUCUGAGAAGUGUCCUGGGAGUAGCCUCCAUGGCUGAGCGGCGCCGGGCCCUCAACAACUGCCUGUCCCACAUUCUGGCUGUGCUGGUGCUUUAUGUCCCCAUGGUUGGGGUAUCUAUGACUCAUCGAUUUGCCAAGCAUGUCUCUCCACUGGUCCAUGUUAUCAUGGCCAGUGUCUACCUGUUGGCACCUCCUGUGAUGAACCCCAUAAUUUACAGUGUAAAGACUAAGCAGAUCCGCCAGGGAAUUACCAGCCUCCUUUCCCAAAAAAACAUGCAUUUAAGGUAA